AGUUGAAACACAUGCAGCUGCUCUGGUCAGGUUUCUGGGAAACUGGCAUUGCAACUUGUGCCCCCUCUUUUCGUCUUCUUUUGAAUUCUUCAUAUUAUUGUGUUUCAAAGGAAACGCGUCGGCAAGUUCAUGUCGUUGGAAGCGCGAUGCAUGCAUCCUUGCAACCUUGAUGUUUGUUGCCCUGGCCCCUGCCUCAAGUAGGCACAGCAUUUCCCUACCCUUCGCCAGAUAAGCUUCUUCCUCCGGUGACCGGUGGCUCCUCCGUCCGCCCGCGCCAUGCACAGGUGCGUCGUCAUUCGUGUCAGUGUUCUAGCACUCCUCGCGGCGGCUCUCGCGCUCCCCUUCGCCGCCGCCCAGCCGUGGCCGAACUGCGACAUCAGCAGCGGAAACUACACCGCGGGCAGCGCCUACGAGGGCAACCUCCUGCAGCUCAUCUCCGAACUCCGCGCGAACGCCUCCUCCUUACCCUCGCUCUUUGCCUCCGGCUCCGCCGGGACCGGCGCGGGCACCGUCUACGGCCUCGUGCUCUGCCGCGGGGACCUCAGCUCCUCCGACUGCUUCGACUGCGGCACCCGCGCCGGCCAGGACGUGCGGCGCGCCUGCAACCGCACCAGGGACGUGGCGCUCUGCUACAACCAGUGCUACGUCCGCGUCUCCGACACGGACUUCCUCGCCUCCGCCAGAAACUCCGGCGAGUUGUACCUCAUCAGCGGCACCAACAUCAGCACCGGUGUCGACGUCGUGGCCUACGACAGCGCGGUCACGCGCCUCCUCAACGCCACCGUGCGGUAUGCGGUGGAUACGUCGGGAAAGCUGUUCGCGACGGGGCAACUGGUGGGGCUCGACCCGAAGAUUCCAAACAUCUGGUCCAUGGCGCAGUGCGCGGCGGACCUAUCGCCGGCGCUGUGCCAAAGGUGCCUCGACGACCUGGUGGCCCGGUGGUGGAAUGGGAGUUCGUUCCCGCUGAACGGGGAGGGCGCGAGGAUCGCCGGCUCGCGGUGCAACCUGAGGUGCGAGCUGGGGAAGAAGUUCUACACCGACGCGCCGAUGGUGAAGCUGCAGAUGAACGGAGAGGCGGCCAUUCCGGCGCCGGCGCCGGCGCCUUCUAUGGUUGUUGUACCGGGCACUAUGGGAGGUAAAAACAGUUCAGCCGGCAAACUUCUUGGAAUUAUACUGCCGGUUGUGUUUGUUGCUGUGGUAGCUGCUAUAAUCCUUUAUAUGUGGAAUAAGCGUAACAAGAGAAGAUACCAAAGAACAAAGCUUCCCCACCGAACUCAUACAGUUGAGGACUUCGAAAACAUCAAGUCAACCUUGUUAUCUCUGUCAUCACUACAAGUAGCAACAAAUAACUUUGAUGAAAGCAAUAAACUUGGUGAGGGGGGAUUCGGUGCAGUUUAUAAGGGAGAUCUUUCCGGGCAAGAAGUAGCCGUGAAGAGGCUAUCAAAGGGUUCGAAUCAGGGGCUAGAAGAGCUAAGAAAUGAGCUAGUUCUGGUGGCCAAACUUCAUCACAAGAAUCUUGUCCGGCUGGAGGGUUUUUGCUUAGAAGAGGGGGAGAGAUUGCUCGUCUACGAGUACAUGCCCAAUAAAAGCCUCGACACCAUUCUUUUCGACCCUGAAGAAAAAAGAAAGCUAGACUGGAGGAAACGAUUCAACAUAAUAGAAGGAGUUGCUCGAGGAUUGCAGUAUCUUCACGAAGACUCUCAGAAGAAGAUUGUCCACCGUGACAUGAAAGCAAGCAAUGUUUUGUUAGAUGCAGACAUGAACCCGAAGAUUGGGGACUUCGGCCUAGCCAGGCUCUUCGGGCAAGAUCAGACUCGUGAUGUGACGAACCGCAUUGUUGGGACAUUUGGCUACAUGUCUCCUGAGUACGUGAUGCGUGGACAAUACUCCACGAAAUCAGACGUGUUCAGUUUUGGCGUUCUUGUUAUAGAGAUUGUAACGGGCCAGAGAAACAGCGGACAGUACUUUGCUGAGCAACAUGAAGAUAUCAUAAGCAUCGUAUGGAAACACUGGGCCGAGGGAACAAUUGCAGAGAUAGUAGACGAUUCUUUGGGGAGAAACUACUCGGCAGCUGAGGUGCUAAAAUGUGUUAACAUCGGCCUGUUGUGCCUUCAACAGAACCCUGUCGACCGACCUGUAAUGUCAGAUAUCAUGGUGAUGCUCAACGGUGACGCUACCAGUUCUCUGCCUCCCGCUGCUAGACCAACAUUUUUCGUUGAUGGAAGCUCAGGUUACUCUUACAGUACCGCGUCGUAUCCGACCACCGGGUAGCGGAGGCUAACACCUAGGGCAUGCCCGUUUCUGGAUUGCGGCAUAUCGUUCCUGCUUGUUUCUAGUUGUAUAGUAGUUCAGAGCAACCGUUCCAAUUCAUCACAUAGUGCAAUUGGUGCUCACCAUUAGUUUCUAUUAUUCCUGUUGCUGUAAGCUUUCAGAAAGUAUGAAAAAGCCCAGCGCCAAAUUGUACGCGACAAUGGUCAGGAUGGUUUUCUUCAGGGAUUAUCUCAAUUUUAGAGUGAGCUUCUUCAACUACAGUUUAAUGAAGACUGACAUGGCUCCAACAACUCUAGUGCACUGUUUGUUUUCUUUGGUCUACAGUUUAAUAUUUUUGUGAUUUUGAUA